UAUAUUUAUUAAUUUAAAAAUCUAUAUGAAAACCCACAAUGAACCACAUUUCUCCAUCAGAAGAGGGACCAAGAGGUUGCAUAAGGACUGACUGCCUACACUUGAAAAUUUCAAUGAAACCCAUAAACAGAUUGAAAAGGGUAGAAGGCACUCAUAAAUAAACAAGUGAGUCAAAGUCGAAAAAGAGGAGAAAAUGGGUUGCUGUAUGGAUAUAAGGGGAUGCAGGGUUGGGACAGAGGUUGACGAAGAGCAGGGAGGGAGGGCACGGCAAAACAGCAGGGCAUUGUGCUCGUACACCAGGCACUGGGAGACACACUCAAACACAUUCACGCAUUCACACAAUAACACGGUCGUGCACACAAGCGCAUGCUUCUGCCCACUGCCACACAGACUUGUGCUGGCAUCUCGGAGGGCAGCCCCAUUUUCCAGUCCAGUCCUAGAUGUCGAAGCUGAUCGACCCCCUUUGCUGCAGUUCACCUGACCUCUCAGUUAGAGCCUCCCCUGCUCUCCAGCCUUCCUGUGGACUAAACUGACCUCUCAGGGCUGUCAUUCACAACUGCGGACAUCCACAGCUGAUCUACACAAGCAAAGGACCAGUAACACUAAGCUGUGGACCAAGGGGAGCAAAGAGAGUGCACCAUACUUCAUUUGAGGAUACCCAACCUCGUCUAAUCCAAGUUGAACCCAUCAACAUCAUCCCCCACAGACUGAGGAUCCAGUGGUGGAGCAAGACAUUUCCAUAGACUGUCACAUUUCUUUGUGGGACUAUACGUGGGCCCUUUACAACAGACAGAGACUGAUAUAAAACCAAGACAAAUCCAUCUGAUUCAAACAACAUCUUUCACCAUGGCAACCACAGGUAUGCAGUUGCUGGGCCUAAUAAUGUCCAUUGUAGGCUGGGUGGGUGGGGCGGUAGUCUGUGCCAUCCCCCUAUGGAGGGUCACUGCCUUCAUCGGUAACAACAUAGUGACAGCUCAGAUCAUUUGGGAAGGCCUUUGGAUGAAUUGCAUUGUCCAGAACACAGGUCAGAUCCAGUGUAAGGUGUAUGACAGCUUACUGGCUCUGCCCAGUGACAUGCAGGCGGCCCGGGGCCUCACAGUGUUCUCCAUCCUGCUCUGUGGCCUGGCUCUGGCUCUGGGGGUCCUAGGAGUCAAGUGCACUAAGUGCAUCGGUGUAAACAGCCUCAAGGCCCGUAUUGCUCGCAUCUCUGGAGCCCUUUUUGCCAUUGCAGGGUUCCUCUACCUUGUGCCCGUCUGCUGGACUGCCCACUCCAUCAUCAGGGAUUUCUAUGACCCACAUGUGGCGGCUCCACACAAGCGUGAGCUUGGCCCUGCCCUAUACAUUGGCUGGGCGGCUUCAGCUUUGCUCCUUAUUGGAGGAUCUCUGCUCUAUGCUGGGUCAAGUCCACCUGGCAUCCCAGGCUCUCCCACCUUCAGCAGUGGAGAAAGUAGUCCUCGCAGGGCACCUGCUACACAAGUCAAAGGUUAUGUCUAAGUUCCCAAAAUGUCUGAAUGCCUUCAAGUCUCACAAAUCCACCCCAAACGAUGACAAACCUGUUUUUUCUUUUCUUGAUUUUGCUCCUUGUAAUUAUUUUAUAUUUAAUGUUAUUCCAGUUUGCUUUUUUCUUUGAAAAGCCGCAGGAGGCUGUUUAGGGAAAAUUGAACUCAUUUUAUUAUUUCAUACCUGAUAUCUUCAAAUAACAUU